AUGUAUGGAAAUGUUGUUCCGUUGACAACAGUUAAUACUGCACAAGUAUUACCUGGAACUGUUCUACAAACAACUGGAAAUAUUUUACCAACAACUACAGUUGGAAAUAAUGAUUUAGUUAUUAUACAAGAUACAACAAAUCAAGCUGAAUUAAUAAAUCAAUUACAAAAUCAUAUUAAUGAAAAUCAACAAAUUUUGAUUAUUACAGAUGAUCAAGGACAAGAUCAAUAUAUUAUUAUUGAUAAAGAUCAAGAUAUUAAUGCACUCUUACAAGAUGGUUCUUUAUUUAACCAUUAUACGGAACAACAACAAUUGGCUCAAAUAUCUACUGGUUUACAACAACAAAUUUUACAAAUAACAUCAAUGCCAACAAUUCAAACAGCACAUCCUUCAUCUACUAUUGUAUCAACACCUGUACCAAUACAACCAAAGCCAACACCAAAACCAAUAGCACCUGCUACAAUGAAUCCAUCAAUAAUACCACAUAAACAAUCAUUUCAAAGCAAAGUCAAUGCAAAUGCAUUUCAUAUUCAGAAUGUUGAAGAAUCAAUUCAACGUGUUACAGCUCCACCACCAAAACGAAAACCAAUUGAAAUUCAUUAUGAUCCAAAAGAUAAUUCUUUUCAUAAUGCAUUUUUAAAAUUUCUUGCCGGAGAAAAACCACCAUCAUUAGAAACUAUAGCUAAUGAACCUAUUAUACGUAAACCCAAAGAUAAUGUUUAUAUUGGUGCUGUUAAUGCUGGUAUUAUUCUUAAUACACUUGGACAACAAACUGGUACAAUGGGUUAUCAAACAUAUGUAGUUAAUGAUGAAUCACGUAUGGAAGAAAUAAUGGUUAUUGGACGACCAUUAUAUGAUGAUACAAAAGGUGUUAAAAUAAAUCCACUAUUAAAAAAUAUUCCAACAAAUAAUCAAACAAAUUUUCUACCACAUACAAUAACAUUAACACCAAAUUCACAACAACAAAAUGGUAAUCAACAACAAUAUAUUAAUACAUUAACUGAUUUAUUUCGUAAUCCACAAAAUGUACCAAAUAUGCUUAAUAAUUCCACAACAAUUACAUUACCUCAAGAUAUACUUAAUCAAUUAAGUGCUGGCACACUUACAUUAACACAAACAUCUAAUGGAACUGAUACUAUUGAAUCAGCUACAGCAUCAGCAGCUGCAAUACUCAGUCGAUUGAAUGAAAUGGUACAAGGACAACAACAACAACAAACUAAUCAAAAUAUGAUGAAUUAUAUUUCUAAUGAAUUACUUUCUACAACUGAUUCAAAUAGAAUACAAAAUGAAAAGGAAACAACAGAUGCACUUUUACUUGCAGCAAUGUCUCAAGCAAAUAAUUCAAAUAAACCUCAUGAAAUUCAUCAACCAUCAUUAACAACGAUUCAAUCAGACAAUGCAAAUUCGUCAUCAACAGCUGCUGGUCUUCAGCAACAAGUAGUUGCUGAACAUUCUCAAUCAACAACAUCUACUGAUAAACAUCAACAAGAAACAUCAACAUCUACAGCAAUGGAUCAAUCGAUUGCAACAACUACUGAAGGACAACAAUUUGCAGACGGAGAAAUGGGACCUGAAAUUCCAUUUGAAAUUGGUCAAUUCUUAUUAUAUAAAGGACAUUUUCUUAAUUUACUUCAUUUUCCAAUUUGGAAAGUACAUACAAAAACACUUUUACUUAAAUAUGAUACUGUACUUGCUGAUUCCGAAAUAGCAUGGGAAGCAACAGAUGAAGGAAUGUUUUAUACGAAUGUUUAUGAAGAUUAUAUUCCACUUAAAUGUGAAUUUAAAGGUUUACAUAAUAAUCAAGAAGUUGUUCGUAUUGUCAAUGAAUCACAUCCAAUUAAACUUAAAAUUCAUGGUCAUAUGAGUUCAGUACGUAUUCAACAUGAUGUUUAUGCUCAAGUACUUGUUAAUCAUGUUUAUGAUGCUGAUGUAUUACCAAGAAUUAAAGCCAAUACUGAUGAAUAUGCAACAUAUAUUCGAUUGAUCGAUGAAAUUCUUGAACAACGUUAUAAUUAUGUUAUUCAAUCAAGACGUACAAUAGAAACAUUUCCUUGUGCAAUUGCUAAAUAUCCUUUACUUGAUAUUAUAGCUCACCCUCAACGACAAUUACAUUGUCAAGUUACAGAAGAUAAAUCACAAUCAGUUUCACAUACAUUACGUUUUCAUGGAAAUCAAUAUGAUGUUGAUACAUUAAAAGCAAGUGAAACACCAUUACAAAUAUUAGAAAUAUUUGUUUGUGAAAAUAUUGCUAUUUUAGCUCAAACCGCUCAUCAACUUAAACAUCAUGUUUAUCAUAUGUUUUGUCAUGCACAACAAAAAGUUGCUGAAUUACAAGCACUAAAUCCAACAGCUGAUGCAACGGAAUUAAUUAGUGCUAUAUGUGGUGAUACAACAUGGUUACAAGAAUUAUUCGAUCGAUUUGAUUCGAUAAUGCAACAAGCGGAUGCAUAUAUUUUUUCGAAUGUUGAUAUAGCUUGGUAG